UUUGUUUCUCUUCUUCAUACCUUUUAUCUCUCAUAGUUAUGAUUCAGCUCAAGCAGUGAAACUAGCUGCAGGAGGGAGAUUUGUGGUUCCAGAAGCUGUCACAUCUCAAGGGGAUAUUUAACUGACUUCAGACCCUUAUAAAGAACGUCAGUCAACCCGCCACUUUGAUUUGGCUUACUUUGACUAUAGAAAACAAUCCAAAUGAGAAAUAUGCACUGGGAGAAAUCGCCUCCAGCAGCACUGGCCCGGUCCAGGCCGUACCAGGGAGUUCGAGUCAAAGACCCGGUCAAAGAGCUGCUGAGGAGGAAGAGGAGUCUGGAGCCGCACAGCACCAAGCCAGUGCCCCCCACUGUGGAUGUGGUCUCACACAGCAACCAGUCAUCGUACACACAAGGCGUCUUCACCUCUGACACUGUUUCGUCUGAGUUGCCUGCCGUCAGUGAUGCAGGGCAGCUUUUCGCGGGAUGGAAAGCUGCAGCUUCUGCCACGACCACCAGCAGCGCCAGCCCGCAGAUGGCUGUUACACCCUGGACUUCAUCCGACUUCAACCAGCAGGACCGCUCAGCAGCUCAGAGCUUCGCUUACACCUCCACUCCUGCCCUCCCUGCCGAUGUGUACAUGCAGACUCUGUGUCCCAGCUACACCAUGCUGACCUACACACACACACCGCUGCUCACUAACUUUGGGAACAUACCUAUGGCCCCAGCUUCAGCUGCCCUCCCACAGAUUGAGCUCCAAGAUUCUGGGUUGACCUACCUGCCCUGGGCCCCGCCCCUCACCACCAUCUCUACCAUGCCCAACACAGGGGUCCAGUACGCCUCCGGCCAUGCAGCGCUGCCUGGCUCUUCUCUUGUCCACCUGCCCAUGUCCAUGUCUCUGACCACCAUGAUCCCUCAUGUUGUAGAUCCUCAGCUGCAGGUACCGGACCCCCCGCAGCAUUCGGAGCCCCUGGACCCUGAGUCACAUGAUCAGUGUCUCGAUGAAGAUCCAGAUGUGGAGUCUGAACCCCCGAGCCUUUUGGAUAAACUUCUAGAAGAGCAAAAGAAUGACGGUGAAGAGGAGAACAAAAACUCAUACAGCAGCACAUUUUUUGUUCCUGAUAACUGAAAAUAUUUGACUGUUUUUCACUCAUUGUGUAGCUAUCGCCUAUAAUUGAUUGUGACAGCACCAAGAUCAAAUAAUUAGCUAAAUUCUUACUUGUGGUUUAAUGUGUACAUAAAGCAAACAUUAAUGCUUUUAAUAUUUCAGAUGAUUUUGCAUCAUUACAGACACACAUGGUGUAGAUUAAACAUGUAAUUGUCAAGUGACCACCUUCUGUGGUGAACAGUGAAGCCUAUGCAGAGGUUCAAAAAACUGCAGUUCCUCUAGUGUCCACUUGAUGCUGCCUACAAAAGCCCUGAAAGCCCCUUUAACAACCAUUUUAAAAUGUCAAUUUUUACGGAGCCGAAGGAAGAGAUAUGAUGGCUGUUAAGUAUUUAACCUUACAAAAAGGUAAUUGUCUGUAGGGAUCCCUUCUGUAAUGUUUGUUGAAUAGUUUGAAUAACAAUCUGAACCAAAAACUGAAGUAGUUUUAGUUGACAUAAUAAGUAAGUGUACAUUUGCCCUGAAAAAAUUUACUUGAAGCCAACCUCAACAUAUUCAGUCUGUACAAACAGGGCCCAGGUUAAAAACGCAGGAACUCCCCUUUAACCCUUGUGCCCUUUUUUUAUUUUUAUAAUGCUUUUAAUUGAUUUUGGACAUUAUGAUUUGAAAAAUUAACCCUUUACAUGCCACUUUGGAUAUGUGUAUGCUCCACUAUAAUGACAUGGGGAAUAGAAUUAAGGAUCCCCUUCAUUAAGUAGAUGAAAAGAAAUUUGUUUCAAUGAAAGUCAAUCUACUGUACCAAGUUUGGGCCAAAAGUUAGUUUUUUUCCCAUCUUAACUUGAAAUACAGCAAUGAUAGGCAGUUGUCUCAUGCAGUUUAAAGUAUACAAUUGAAAGAUAUCGGGGGGGUUUUCGAGGAAGCAGUUAUCUUUAAGGACUGUCCAUCUCCUGACAGCCUCGAGAUAUUUGCCUCAGCAAAAAAACAUGUUGUUAAUACUCUCAGUUCCACAGAGCUGGCAGACGAUCUCUGCGUGUCCAGGGAAUCCUGUUUUUGUAUCUUUUACUGGCUGAUGAUCUGUAACACAGCAGAGGAAGAGCUGGACUCUUGUCAAGCUGACCCCGGGUUAAGCAGCAGGUGGGACUUAUUAACUGUAAAUGGCUGUCAAUAUUUUUGUUUCAUGACCUCAUGUAAAUGGAAGACGGCUGGCGCAAAAAGAUAACUGUGCUCUGUUAUAAAAAGGAAACAAUGUGUGUCCUUCAUUCUCUAAAUAAGCCAACUAAUGCAAUACUUUUUUUUAUUUGAGUUUGUUGUGAGGUCAUCGUUUAAGAGUUUCUUCAGAUACUGUACAGAUAUGCAAAAAGAUGUGUGAGUCAAUGAAAAGUUGUAUCGGAAAAUAUGUAUCACAUUUUGUCAUAAAUAAAAAAAAUAAUGUUUGCAAAAUAAACACUCAAAAAAUAUGAAUCAAAACCA